CUUAUUGUUCCAGUCUAUUAUCAGACCCAUUUUUACCUGUACUGUUUGGACUUUGAAAAUAAAAGGCUGGGCAUUCUUGAUAACAUGGAUACAGUGUUGAGUGGAAAAGUGCCAAUGGAAAACAAGUAUGGUGGAACUAAAGAUUUCUUGAAAAAGGUCAUUGGAGAGUACAAAAAAACAUACAAGAAACCCUUCAAGAGCGCGUUCAACAAGCUUAUCUUUAAACUGGUGAACAUGCACUGCGCAGAUUCAACAAACACAACGGACUGCGCAAUAUAUGCGAUGCAUCACAUGUCCAAAUAUGUUUGUGUGCAUGCAGAUGGCCAUGAUUGCGCAUUCCCUGUGAUAGGCAGUGAUUCG